AUGCAUAUCAGUAUGAUGGUUGCUUUUGACGUGUUAUUCAGAGCUUUUGGAGAGAAAGAAUUCGUUGGAAUUGCAUUAUCUGGAAUCCUCCAUGCCGUUCUCUACUUUCUGCUACUUGGAUUGAGUCCUCUGACUUAUUGGAAUUUUGGAAAGCACUUCUUUAAUUUACUCGUGUGGCCGGAUGAUCCAAGACAGCUUGUUCUCGAAAUUGGAAUGGCAUUUGCUAUCGGUUUGAUGACUAUUCACAUGUUGAUCAAUCUCGUGGAAAAGAUACUUCGAGUUGUCAGAAUUGAUUGGUUCCUCGUCGUCGCUAUUAUUCAUCCAGCAACUUUGAUCUAUCUGUUCCCAACUAAAUACACUCUUCAUGUUUUCGGAGUUUGGUUCUCUGCCAUCUUGAUCUCCAUCAAGUACGAAAAGAGAUGGCUUGUUGCGACCCUUGGAAUAGUUUUUGUGUUCUUGUAUGCCAAUAUGUUAUGA